CCUCCACCCACUCGUAGCAACACCCAAGGAUAGCAAGGAGGAGCUCUGAAAUUCAUCAUUUUCACACCCAAAUUCGAGCUCAAGAUAGAGGAUCCAAAGAGGAGUGUUUGGAGAAGGAAAAAAGGUGUAGGAAAGUGUGGAAAUUGAGGAACUUGAUUUAAAGUAUUUUUGAGCUUCGCCGGAGUUUCGUCGGAGUUGGUCAAAGUUCGCCGGAGUUGGUCAAAGUUCGCCGGAGUUGGUCAAAGUUCGCCGAAAUUAGUCAAAGUUCAAUCGAGAAGCGUAGAACGCGCUUAAGCUUAAUUAAGUUUCAGGUAGAACUUGAAGGUUGCUACUACCAGCCGCUGUUUCGGGAAGUUUCUGAGAAGAAGACUUGGUUCGUGCUUCUUCCGUUCUUGUUUUGAAAACAAUAUGAAUAAUGCUCAUGGAUAUUAUUUUCUGAAUAUACAUUUCGGGGGUUUGUAUACCCAUGUUUGCCAAGUGUGGCUUGAACACUUGUAAUGUUGUUUCCGUUGUUUUAAAGAAUAAUUCACAUUAUGUUUGUUUAUGGAUGUGCUACGUGUGAAUGAUAUUCCAGACGCUUUGUAUAGUAUGAAUGUGUUGAACUGCGGUUGACAAAUCGUACUGUACGGCGGAUUGUUGACGUGUCUGGUAGGUCCGGGGCGUGACAAGAUUUGUUGAAAAUUCAUUCCCUUAUAAACUGGUGGAGCCGAAUUUGGAUAAGGAUGCACUGCAGGGACAAAACUUGGAGUCAUACAUGCGUGCAUUUGUGGAUGACAAUGCAUAUGACACUCCUGAUGGUGUUGGCACGUGGCAAACCGUGAGUGCACCGGAUGGUAGUGCAGGCCGUGACGAUGCACAUGAGCAGGGACACCCACAUGCCGGGUUGACUUCCACGUCAGACGGCACAGAUAAUUAUGACCCAAAUUUGCCGGAUUCCCGCGCGGUGAACAUUGACCAAUCCAAGAGAGGGCAGCGACAACGUAAACCACCAGCAUGGCAUCGGGAUUAUGGAGUGCAAAUGAACACUGUUACAAUAAACUCUACCCCCGUUGUUGACUCCGCUUCAUCGGUUGAAUCAGGUACUCCUUAUUCCAUAUCUCAUUAUAUAAAAUAUAAUCAUUUUUCGGUUCCGUACCGAGCUUUUCUUGCAGCCAUCUCGAUGCAUAAAGAGCCAUCUAGCUUCGGAGAAGCUGUUCGUGACCCGCAAUGGCGGGAUGCUAUGCAACGUGAAAUCCAAGCCUUGAAGCAAACUGGUACGUGGAAAAUUCAAGAUCAGCCCCGGGGCAAGAAGGCAAUAUUUUGCAAAUGGGUCUUUAAGAUCAAGUAUAAAAGUGAUGGCUCGGUGGAACGUUACAAGGCCAGACUUGUAGUUUGCGAUAACCGACAGGUGCAGGGGAUUGACUAUAGCGAGGCGUUUGCCCCGGUUGCUAAAAUGGUAACGGUUCGUACCAUUUUAGCGGUCGCCGCCGCAUGCCAUUGGGAACUACAUCAAAUGGACGUGGACAAUGCAUUUUUACAUGGGGAUCUUCGUGAAGAAGUGUACAUGCACUUGCCUCCGGGGUAUUAAGCCUCCUCUUCUGGCAAGGUAUGUCGCUUGCUUCGCUCUCUUUAUGGGCUUCGACAAGCACCACGAUGUUGGUUUUCUAAACUCAGCUCUUCGUUACGAGCAUAUAGGUUCUGCCAGUCGCAUGCCGAUUAUUCGCUCUUUACUUUGCGGAGAGAAAAUCGAAUAUUAUGUGUGUUGCUUUAUGUCGAUGACUUGUUCAUUACCGGCAACGACAAGAACAUGAUCCAGGAAUUUAAAAAAUACAUUGCGGCCUCCUUUCCAGUGAAAGAUUUGGGGGUUAUGAAAUAUUUUUUAGGCAUUGAAGUUGCCCGAAACUCCACUGGAUUUUUUCUAUGCCAACGUAAAUAUGUGGUUGACAUUUUAGCUGAAACGGGGUUGACCGGAGCAAAGCCGGUUUCUUUUCCAAUGGUCCAAAACCACAGUUUGCAGUCUGACAUUGGACCCCAUUUUUCGGAUCCAGACCGAUAUAGAAGGCUGGUCGGGAAACUCAUUUAUCUCACAUUGACUAGACCUGACAUUAGCUACUUUGUUCAUAUUCUUUCCCAAUUCAUGCAACGUCCAAGGGUGGCUCAUUGGGAGGCAGUGCUGUGUGUAUUGAAAUACUUGAAAGGUCACCCAGGUCAAGGCAUUCUCUUGCAGUCUCACUCUAUUCUCUCUCUCUCACCGGAUUGUGUGAUGCUGAUUGGGCGACCUGUCCGGUAACACGUCGCUCUGUAACUGGAUACUUUAUCUCUCUUGGAGAUUCUCCCAUCUCCCGGCGUACUAAAAAGCAAGCAACAGUCUCACGUUCUUCAGCAGAGGCGGAAUACCGCGCAAUGACCACAAUGACUUGUGAAUUUAUUUGGCUGCGCAGCCUACUUCAGUCAUUGGGUGUCAGACAUUCCACACCGGUGCGUCUCUACUGUGACAAUCAAGCUGCACUUCACAUUGCCUCCAAUCCUGUGUAUCACGAACAGACUAAACACAUAGAACUUGAUUGUCAUUUUAUUCGGGAUCAUAUUCAGGCCGAGACUAUUUCUCCUUCGUAUACCCCAUCUACUGAACAGCCUGCGGAUCUACUCACUAAAGCACUUGGAGCCCAACAAUUUUCUCAUCUACCUGCCAAGAUGGGCAUUUGUAAUCCCCAUGCUCCAUCUUGAGGGGGGGUGUUGAAUAUUAUUACAUUUGUUAUUAUUGAUUUUUCUUAUCACAUUUUAUUAUGUAACAUUUUUACCAUGUACAUACGUAACCUCUGUUAUUUUAGGCACAUAGGAUACCGGGCAUUUAAUGCUUGCCUUUUAUUCUCCCAACGGUAGCAUGUACGUAGCUUUCCUUUUGUAUAUGGCAUUGACCAUCAAAUGUAUAUAAGGCAUGGAUCGACACAUACAUCACCAUGCAAAAAUAAUAAAAUAUUCUUUCUGGUAUUCACCCGAUUUGACAAA